AUGGCACCAAAUUCCAAACUGAACGCUAGGAGGAAGGCGAAGAGAGAGCCGGCGAAAGUGAAAGCACCGAACAGGGACGAGAAACCAGUCGCCACCACAUCUCUUCCGUUAGAACUACAGCAGCUUCUUCUCACUAUCUUUCGGAAUUCUUUCGCGGAGCGGCUGGAUUCAGACAUCAACCCGCUGCUUCAGGAGGUGAAGGGACAUUUGUACAAUCGAGACUUCACGACUGCUUUCGGGAAAAGCGAGUAUCUCGAGGCGUAUGCGGCUCGGUGGAGCCCGAGCCGAGCUCUCGGUUACCUAGAUGUGUUUUGGGACCUUAGAGAGCACCUGUGGUCUACUCAAGAUGCCGGAGAGGAGGCCGACGACGAACAGGCGAAGAUGAACAGGCGAUGCAAAGUUGUGUGUCUAGGAGGUGGAGCGGGUGCAGAGAUUGUCGCUCUCGGUGGCUUGCAGAAAAUGCUUGCCCUUGCGAACUCUAAUGACGAAGGAGAGGCCCAAAUUCAACAGUUUGAGGUCGUAGCCACCGAUAUCGCAGACUGGACUCCAGUCGUGCAGAGUUUGGCGAAAUGCAUCACCACUGCACCGCCGCUCUCGAAGUACGCUUCAGCCGCUGCACAAGCUGCAAAUGCCCCACUCGUCAACCCAGACAACAUCGACAUAUCAUUCCUUCAGCAUGACAUAUUCACAGCAUACUCCACAGAUGUCUCUUCACGCCUCAAAGACGCAAGUCUCGUCACAUUGAUGUUCACACUAAACGAAUUAUACUCGGCCUCGAUGUCCUUGACCCAGAGGUUUCUUUUAAAUCUAACAAUAGCUGUCCAGCCUGGGAGCCUCUUGUUAGUCAUCGACAGCCCCGGUAGCUACUCUUCGAUCACUUUGAAUGGGGCUGAAAAGAAAUAUCCAAUGCAGUGGUUGUUAGAUCACACAUUGCUGAAACAGGCUAGUGGCAAUCAGAGAGAGCGAGGCAAAGAGGAGGAAGUCAAGUGGGAGAAAGUGAAAGAAGACGAGAGCCGGUGGUUUAGGCUGCAUACUGAAUUGCAAUAUCCAAUCGAGCUAGAGGACAUGCGAAUGCAGCUGCAUUUGUAUCGACGACUGUAG